AUGCUGCAACUAAAUCCCCACUUUGAUUCAAUUGGCCCGCAAUUUGUUCAGCUUUAUUACGAGACAUUCCGUAACAACAGGGCAAAUUUAGGUGAAUUAUAUACAGAGGAUUCUUUAUUAACAUACGAAGGAACACAAUUCAGAGGAGCAACAGCAAUUGUACAAAAAUUAAGUCAAUUACCUGCUGUUGUUAAUCAUCAACUUGUUACUUGUGAUUGCCAACCGACACCUAAUGGAGGAGUACUUAUUGUUGUAUGCGGGGAUUUAGCAAUUGAAGAUAAUCCGCCAAUGAAGUUUACGCAAACAUUUAAUUUGGUACCCAACGGAAGCGGCACUUAUGCCGUAUUCAACGAUUGCUUCCGCCUCUGCAUCGGAUAA